AUGGCUGCGUAUGGACAGACUCAGUACAGUCCCGCCCUCCAGCCUGCAGGACCAUACACACCGUACACUCACCACACGCAGGGCUACAGCAUGCCAUCUUACAACAUUAAAACAGAAGACGGCCUGAGCCAUUCUCCAGGACAGACGGGACUACUGAGCUACUCAAACUUCAGCAGCACUCCUCCCAGUCAAAGUCUCUACAGCUACUCACACACACACGGUGGUGGCAUUUCAUCUGGAAUAUUUCAAGGCAGCCAUGCAAUCUCCAGUUCAACCCCUUUCAACCCUUCCCAACAAGAGUUUUCAACGUACUCCAGCUACAGUCAGAGUCAAUACUCUCCAUAUUAUAACUCACAUCACUACAACAGCCCCUACCUAACCAGCAGCAACAUCAGCCCUGCUGCCAUCACAACUCCAUUAGCCUAUCAGCACCCAGAACAUCCCGUCAUGAUGCCCAAUCACAGCCCAGAGUCACACACAGGAGAGUACCACCCGCCGCCCAGCCCCCCAACACCAGGUAAAGAGGAGGGGGUCCCAGCACGAAGGGGGUCAGACGGGAAGUUGAGGGGGAGGAAAAGAGUCAAUGACCCCGCUCCACCUUUGGACUCUGAUAUAGAGCGGGUGUUUAUCUGGGACCUGGAUGAAACCAUCAUCAUUUUCCAUUCGCUCCUCACGGGAACUUUCUCCUCACGAUUUGGCAAGGACUCCUCAAAAGCAGUGUCUCUUGGCUUGUGGAUGGAGGAGAUGAUCUUCAAUUUGGCCGACUCGAGACUCUUCUUCAAUGACCUGGAGGAAUGUGACCAGGUUCAUAUUGAUGACGUGGCAUCAGAUGACAACGGACAGGACCUGAGCACUUACAACUUUGGGACGGACGGCUUCCAAAGCCCAGCAGGGGCUGGUUCUCUGUGCCUGGGGUCAGGGGUCCACGGAGGGGUGGACUGGAUGAGGAAACUGGCUUUCCGAUACCGCAGAGUCAAGGAGAUUUACAGCACAUAUAAGAAUAAUGUUGGGGGUUUGCUGGGCAGCCCUAAGCGGGAGGAGUGGUUACAGCUGAGGAGAGAGAUGGAAGUCCUGACUGACCUGUGGCUCACUCAAGCACUCAAAGCCCUGGCUCUCAUCAACUCCAGGCCCAACUGUGUGAAUGUACUGGUGACCACCACCCAGCUCAUCCCAGCCCUAUCCAAGGUGCUACUGUAUGGCCUGGGCUCAGCCUUCCCCAUAGAGAACAUAUACAGUGCCACCAAGACAGGCAAAGAGAGCUGUUUUGAGCGCAUCUCUCAGAGGUUUGGACGGAGAGCGGUGUAUGUGGUGAUAGGAGAUGGAGCUGAAGAAGAGACUGUGGCCAAGAAGAAGAACAUGCCGUUCUGGAGGGUGUCCUGUCGGGCCGACCUGGAGGCUCUGAGCCAUGCACUGGAGCUGGACUACCUCUAGAGGGCGCCUGCUGUCACGUUCUGCUCUUCCACCAGAUUAUGAAACGUUCCUGAACUCUUGAGUGCAGCUAUGGUGGGUGAAGUUGCCCCGAGAGACUGAUUCAGAGUCAG